AGAGUGUCUGUAGUGACGCCUCUAGCACUGAGCUGAAGUGCCUUAGACCUGUGCUACUCGGGAGUCACAUUUAAUGACAGAAUAGUUGUUUGGUAUAGUUGACCGAGAGGCCAAAAGCGAUCUAUUGCAGCCAACUCAAGCCACAGAGUCUGCCGUAGCUUAGACUACUCGUUUGAUUGGGUUAUUUUAUCAACGCACAGUAGUGAUGCCAGAAGAAUCUGUUUACAUUGCAGUCGGCAGCUUUCCAUCUUUAUCUAGAGAGAACGAGACCAUCAACCCAGAUGUCCCAGACAGAACAGUAUGUAUUACAGAAAGGAGACAAUCACCAUGGCGAUGUUGACCACUCUUCUGCUUCUCAGCGCUGUCUUUGCUCUGGGAGAUGCAAAGGGUAGCAGAGGGCAUCGGCAUAAUCACUGUAACUCGGAGGAACACAUUCCUCCUCCGAAAGAUCCGUACGACUCAGAGGAAAACAGUUCUCCUUCGGAGGAACACAUUCCUCCUCCGACAGAUUAUUCUGACUCGGAUGAACACAUUCCUCCUCCGACAGAUUAUUCUGACUCAGAUGAACACAUUCCUCCUCCGACAGAUUGGUCUGAUUCAGAGGAACACUUUCCUCCUCCGACAGAUUAUUCUGACUCGGAUGAACACAUUCCUCCUCCGAAAAAUCAGUCUGAUUCAGAAGAAAACAUUCCUCCUCCAAUAGAUCUGUCUGAUUCAGAAGAAAACAUUCCUCCCCGGAAAGAGUGGCAUCGCAGAGUCUGCCCAAACGGCUGGCCCAGAUAUAAGACACACUGCUAUCACUACGUCCCCUUCAUGACCACAUGGCCAGAGGCAGAGAGGAAAUGUUUGCGCUUGGGAGGUAACCUGGCAUCAGUGCACAGCCUUCCCCAGUAUCGUUUCCUUCAGUCUGUCAUCAGGAAGAGUACCAGGAAAGUCCAGCGCACCUGGAUAGGAGCCAACGACGCCAUCAAGGAGGGUCUCUGGCUGUGGAGCGACGGGUCCAGGUUUAACUACCAGAACUGGGGCCCGGGUCAACCCUCUAACUAUAACCAUGGUGUUAUUAAGGACAACACGAACGGUCGGGAGCAUUGCAUGGAGAUGAACUAUGGAGCUUCUCGCUGCCAGAACGAUGCCCCUUGCUGGUUUACAUUUCCCUUCCUGUGUUCCAGAAAGUUGUGAUGUCCACAUUUUGGAAGAGACGACGUUGGAGAAUCUCUCUAAAGAUGAGAUUGUUUUAAAUAAAGGCACCAUCUGCAAUGUUA